UGCUUGUGUCACGUGGGCCCCGCUCCCGCCGCCGCUGUUGCCGUCGUCUUUCUCUGUCUCGACUGAGGCAGCCAUCUUGCUCUUGCCGCGUGCUGUUGUUGGAGGACCCUCCCUGCUUCAGAUUUACCAACAGCAUGAAUCAAGAAAAGUUAGCCAAACUUCAGGCUCAGGUCCGGAUAGGGGGCAAGGGUACAGCUCGCAGAAAGAAGAAGGUGGUACAUAGAACAGCUACAGCUGAUGACAAAAAACUCCAGAGUUCUCUAAAAAAACUGGCUGUGAAUAAUAUAGCUGGUAUUGAAGAGGUGAACAUGAUUAAAGAUGAUGGGACAGUUAUUCAUUUCAACAAUCCCAAAGUCCAAGCUUCCCUUUCUGCUAACACCUUUGCAAUUACUGGUCAUGCAGAAGCCAAACCAAUCACAGAAAUGCUUCCUGGAAUAUUAAGUCAGCUUGGUGCUGACAGCUUAACAAGUCUUAGGAAGUUAGCUGAACAGUUCCCACGGCAAGUGUUGGAUAGCAAAGCACCAAAACCAGAAGACAUUGAUGAAGAGGAUGAUGACGUUCCAGAUCUUGUAGAAAAUUUUGAUGAGGCAUCAAAGAAUGAAGCUAACUAAAAUUUUUUCUGGAGUUUGGAAGCUGGCAUGGACUAGAUUUAACAAAUCAGCUAUGUGGUUCCAAAGUUUUACAGACAUGGAGAACAUCAACUGUUACUAGUUCAGUAAUAUAAAUAUUUUGUAUAUUGAUAAUGCUGUUUGUUCAGCAUUUUUUGGUCAUUUGAUUUUGCAUUUUGCACUUCCUCCCAGGAUCUAUUCUUUUGGUCAAAAUACGAAGUAUUGGUGCAGUUUGAGGGUGUUUUGGUGUUUGAUUCUCAGUUUUCUGUUUUGUUUUUUUGUUAGGGUAUUUUUGGUGUGUGUGUAUGUGUAUGUAUGCGUGUGAGUAUGUGUGUAUACAGUGGAGAGCAAAUUGGAAAACAGUUCUAUUUAUCUUCCUUCCCCCAGUAGAAAAUAAAACAAAUCUUUA